AUGAUUAUGAUCAGCCCUCAUCAUCAGCCGUACCUGAGCCUAGCCCCUCCCAAGCAUGCUGCCAGGCUCAAUGAAGGAGCGUUUAUGCGGAGACGGACGCUCAUAAUUGCUUUGACAAAGAUAGCAGCCACGGUCCUCGCCACAGAGAUCAUGCUGCUGCCCGGCUACCCAACUGCCAGCUGGCUGGGUCUCUUUAGCGCGCUAGGCGUGCUGAGCAAGGUGUGCAUGCUGCUCUUCACAGCAUGCUUCAUGCAGAUCCCCUUCUCAGAGCACCUCGUUGUGCAAGGGCUGCAGGUGGGCUACUGCAUCAUGCACAACGGUCGCAUGUGCAGCGCGCUGGAGACGCGGUACCUGGGGAUCAGGGAACGAUGCUUGACGAUGGCGCGCACGCUGAGUGCGCUGAGCUACGAGGCGCAGGCGCCCCUCAAGAUGCGCAGCCGCACCCUCAGCAGCGCCCACGCAUGCGAGAGCGUCAACGCCUACCUACAGAUAACGUUUGGGUACGUUUUGUCGAUGCUGCUGCUGCACGAGCUGGAGGGCCGAUCGCGCGCGGACUUUCUGCGCAGCCGCGGCCGGCUGCCGGCGCAUUCGACCUCCGGCGGCCUCUUCAUGGGCUGGCUGGCCGUGCCGGUGUUCAUGCUGCUGAGCGCGCUCAUCACCUGGGAGCUCGUGGAGGGCGCCUGGGAGCUGGCAGACACCUGGACCCCAUCUUGA